CCCAGUUUCAUCUCCACAUAAAACACAGGGGCACAGCUGCAGAGCCCUCCCCGAGCACGACCACCCUCCUCUCCGCGGGUUAUUCCCAACUUGAACUCAACCUCAGAGCGCCAAUUCACUUUCAAUGUCGAGUUUUGAUGCAAUUGGAUCAUCUGUGCUUUUAUUCCCCUAGAGUGUGUAUUUUCAUUCAGUUGUGAGGUGUGAACUCUCGAGCGCAAUGUGUCCUCUGAAUGACAGUGGCUCUGUGGGCGCGGAGGACGUGGCGAGGGAUGAGAGUCUGGCCAAAGUGGAGAUCGCGCUGCUCAGCGUCAUCUUCUUCAGCGCCGCCAUCCUCAACAGCGCCGUGCUCGUCGUCCUGUGGAGGCAGCGCAAGCAGAUGUCCAGGAUGCGCGUCUUCGUGUUUCACCUGUGCCUUGCGGACCUGGUGGUCGCGUUCUUCCAGGUGUGCCCGCAGCUCAUGUGGGACAUCACAGACAGAUUCGCUGGGCCCGACCUCCUGUGCCGCCUGGUGAAGUACCUGCAAGUUCUGGGCAUGUUUUCAUCCACCUACAUGAUCGUGGUGAUGACAGUGGACCGAUACCAAGCCGUCUGUAACCCGAUGGUGAAGUUCCAGCGUUCACGCACAAGACUGAACAUCCCCGUGUGCGUCGGCUGGGGGAUUUCUCUGCUAGGCAGCCUGCCGCAGGUUUUCAUCUUCUCACAGGUCGAGGUUGCACCGGGUGUGUUUGACUGCUGGGCUAAAUUUAUCCAGCCAUGGGGUCUGCAGACAUACAUAACCUGGACCACACUCGCCAUUUUCGUUUUACCUGUUAUAAUGAUUGUUUUUUGCCAAGUACGCAUCUGCCAGGCCAUCCAGAUCAAUCUGUACCAAAAGACCCAACAGCGGUGCCAUGUGGGUGUCCCUCUUCCAUCCAGGGCCAGCAGUACGGCCGGUAUGUCCAGAGCCAGGGUCAAGACCCUGAAGAUGACAGUGUUUAUCGUGCUGGCUUAUAUUGUCUGCUGGGCUCCUUUCUUCAUUGUCCAGCUCUGGUCCGCCUGGGACACACAUGCGCCAAAAGAAACUGCGACUUUCACCAUCCUGAUGCUGCUGGCGAGUCUGAACAGCUGCGCGAAUCCCUGCAUUUACCUCGUGUUCAGCGACCAAUUCCCCAAGAGGCUGGUCACACUCCUCGGUCAGCGGCAGUACCACUGCAGAGACUCAGCGCACGAGGAGGCGACGCUGGUCAGCACGUUGUACAUGAGUUUAAAAAACGUCUCCGAGUCCAAAUGAGGACGAGGCGUUUGUGGAUAAGGGGAAAACACGCGUGUGGAGUCGGUGGGCCGUAUUUGGACGACUGAACGUGUGAGGACGGGACACACCGGGUCUCUCCGGGUCUCCGACAUAUUUAAUGUGCUGUGGUCAUUGCAGUAGGCACCGGAAUCGAACCAGAAAUGAACUGCGCUCCAGACGUUGCUGGAUGGCGAAAGCAAAGUGAGUUUUGUUGGACUCCGAGUGUGUAAAUCCGUGUUUGUUCAGGCAAUCACGUUAUGACUUAACGACAGUUUUCAUGUGACAGAAUCGUGCAUUUUCAGACAGAUUCAGCGAUUGAAUUUCAGAUAAAGCUGUUCGGGAUAAAGAAGAACCUAAGACUUUAAGUGUAUUGUUAUUUUGUGUAUCAGCAGAACUAGUAAAAACGUGGAAUUUUUUGAGUAAAAUGCCAGUAAAUAUACCACAGGACAUUAAAAUAUAAAAUAUACCACAGUGCCUCGAGAAGAGUUCAAUGAAGUAGAAUAUACAUAACUGCAUUAAAAACAGAAAUUAAUUUGUCCCUUUGAUACAUAUUCUGUAUAAAUACUCUCUCUCUCUCUCUCUCUCUCUCUCUCUCACACACACACAUACACACUGAUUGUAUUGGUAAAUUAUUGUUUAUUUGUUUCAAAGUGGGUUUUGAAAGCAAAUGUGGAGUAAAGUCAAAUCCUCACAUAAGCUUUGUUUUGUUUUACUUGUUUUUAAUAUACAGUGUGUUCCAAAAGUCUGAAACCAUGUUCACUUGAAUGACAUGUUUGACCCAUACUGUAUAUGUCUAUACAUCCUAUGUAUACAAGACAAAGUAAGAGCGUAUGAUAUCAACGCUCAAAGACUUAAAUAUUCGUUUGCAAUGAGCCACGAGAUUAAUUCUCACUGAAACAAAGAUCACAUCCUUUUGAAUGUGUCUUACCAUCAUGACAAGAUAUGGUUCAAGCCUGGUGUAUAUGUGUAUUAACUGCUCGAAAACCCUGAGGCUGAGCAUGAACGUUUCUGCAGCAUACGAAAGACUGACAAGGCAUGAAAAAUAUUACACAAGCACGUACAGGGAACAUGUCCUGUUUCAAUUGAACCACACCCAGGUGAGUACCAAUCAGGGUUAAAAAAAAAAAAGUUCAGAUCAGGACUUUGGGUCAAACGUGCAAAUUAGUCAAUAACCAUACGUUUCUUUUAGAAGGUAUUUUGUGCAAGUUGGAAACUGAAGUUCUGUCAAUAGAGCAGACUAUUUGUGUCUGUUGCCUGUGUGAUAGUGUGAACGUGUCCAACAGUGACGUCUUCCAGAGCGGUGGAUGGGAAGCUUAAGGCUUGUGUUAGUGUUACUGGGGCAGCUUCAGUUUAUCUUCAUGUGACUCGAAGCUUGGACCUUCGUGACAA